GCAGCUGAUCAGAGUGCAUUUCCAGUCCUCUGCUUGCACUGAUCACUUCUCUUACUGGACCUCGCACAGCUUAAGGUUUCAGAGCUGGAGGCUUUCCCCAGUGCAUUCCCAAAGUAAGUGCGGGAGAGUUUCAAUUAGAAAUCCCGCAAAGAUGCAAGACAAGGUCAUGACUUUGCCACUAGUCCCUCUUCGGCUACUCGCUGUGACCCUCCACCUAACCCUUUUCAGGACGACCCUCGCUGGGGUGUACUAUGGGAUGAAACAGAUACCCCAGCAGCAGCACCACCAGAUGCAACAGUUACCUCACAUGCCAAUGGGCAAAGAGAGCUUGCCCAUGCAGCACCCGGGCAAGGACAUGUCCCACAUGCAGUAUGGCAAGGAGAUCCCAAUGAUACCCCAGUACAGAAAGGAGAUACCCCAGGUGCCUCUGCCUAUGGGAAAUGAAAUGCCAAGGAAAGACGUUAAAGGUAUUAUCCCGAGGGGUGAGAUGGGCCCCCCUGGAGAACCAGGCCACAAGGGUCUUCCAGGACCACAGGGCCCCCCUGGAAUGCCAGGCCGUGGCUUACCAGGACAGCCAGGAAAACCUGGCCCGCAAGGACCCCCAGGAUAUCCAGGCAUUGGGAAACCUGGGAUGCCGGGGCUGCCAGGUCAACCAGGCGGAAUUGGAGUUCCAGGUCCAAAAGGCGAGUUAGGCCACGGUGGAGAGGGAGGGCCAAUGGGUAUGCCAGGACCACAGGGACUUCCAGGACCACCAGGUUUGCCAGGGAUUGGGAAACCCGGUGGCCAGGGAUUACCAGGUCAACCAGGCCCUAGAGGUGAGCCGGGGCACAAAGGACCACCAGGGCUGCCUGGAUUGCCAGGGCUGAAAGGCGAAAAAGGCAUUGGUCUGCCAGGGUUACCGGGGCUGCAAGGGCCAGCGGGUCCACCUGGUCAACCAGGUCAAGGCGGUCUCCCAGGGAUAGGGAAACCUGGACUAAAUGGACUCCCUGGAGCCCCAGGAGGGCUUGGAAAGCCAGGGCCUCCAGGAGAGCCAGGAUUACAGGGACCAGCAGGACAAGGAGGACAACCAGGACCACCGGGCCUUCCCGGCGUUGGUAAACCAGGGCAUGAUGGGUUACCAGGACGGCCAGGAUUCCCUGGAGGAAAAGGAGAACUUGGUCCACCAGGCUUGCCAGGGGGCCCUGGUUUACCUGGCUAUGGCAAACCAGGUUUUCCUGGGCCAAAGGGAGAACGAGGGAUGGGCGGCAUGCCUGGGGCUCCCGGGCCUAAAGGAGAAAAGGGUCAUGGAGGCAUUCCUGGAAUGGUAGGACCCCAAGGAGCAAUAGGUCCACCUGGUCUGCCUGGUCCUAUGGGGCCGCCAGGAGGUGUUGGCUUUCCAGGUCCAAAAGGGGAGGGUGGGGUGAUGGGGCCACAAGGGCAAAUGGGUCCAAAAGCAGAGCCUGGUCCACCAGGUUUGCCAGGCCAACCAGGGUUCCCAGGAGAAGGAGGCCAGCCUGGACAAAGGGGUUUACCGGGCCCCAUCGGACCCAAAGGGGAUAAUGGGCACAAAGGAUUGCCGGGUCCUCCUGGGGCCCCUGGCUUGCCAGGACCUAAAGCAGAAGCAGGAUUGCCCGGUGAACAAGGUCAGCAGGGCCCAAGUGGUAUUCCAGGAAUUAAGGGCCCAAGUGGUCCAAUUGGGCCUCCAGGUUUACCAGGACCAAAGGGAGAACUAGGUCUUCCCGGCCAGCCCGGCUUUCCUGGUGUUGGUAAACCAGGACCUCCAGGAUUCCUUGGGCCUCAAGGGGAACCAGGACGCAUUGGACCGCCUGGACAGCCCGGUCAGCCUGGCCAACCUGGCCCUCCAGGCCCACCUGGCCAGCCUGCCCAAGCACCAGGCCUCGGUCAAAUCAUGCCAGAGAUGGGUCCAGGCCUGGACGGUGUGAAAACCCCACCCGGGGGCUACAAGAAAGGGAAGCACGGAGCAGUAAUGGGGGAAAAUGAUGGCCUCCUGGAAAUGCCUGCCUUUACUGCUGAGCUAAUAUCACCAUUCCCCCAUGUGGGGUCUCCUGUAAAGUUUGACAAGCUCCUCUAUAACGGCAGGCAGAAUUACAACCCCCUGACCGGCCUCUUUACCUGCGAGAUCCCUGGGAUAUACUACUUUGCCUACCAUGUCCACUGCAAAGGUGCCAACAUCUGGAUAGCACUGUACAGGAACAAUGAGCCAGUGAUGUACACAUAUGACGAGUACAAAAAGGGCUUCCUUGACCAAGCCUCUGGCAGUGCUGUGCUCCCGCUCAGGCCGGGAGACAAAGUGUACUUGCAGAUGCCAUCAGAACAGGCAUCAGGACUCUAUGCAGGCCAAUAUGUUCACUCAUCUUUUUCUGGGUAUUUAUUAUAUCCAAUGUAAAAAAUGUUUAAAAAAAUGUACACAAUUAUAGAUUUUUAAAGUCAUUUUUUUAUACUGUUGAAAGCUACAGUUACGAUUGGACCAUUUUGAACAGCUCUUACAAUGUCAUGUACGAGUUUAAAGGUUCAUAUAUGCACAGCUUCUUAUAGUCACAGUACUUGGUACAUAUUUACAGUAUUCCAUAUUUAAAAAGAGAAGUAAAACUAUGCAAUGCUACCAUAAACUGUACUACAAGUUAACAUUAUACUCUAUUUCAACUGAGAACAUACUUACUGUACAUGCAAUCAGUUGGAUAUGAUCUCAUUCUCGCUUUUUGUACAAACUCUCUUUGUAAAAAGAAAGCUCCAGUCAAACUAGAAUAUGGUAAAAAACAUUAAAUGAAAAACUACAUCACAGAGUGCACAUUGGAUAUGUAAUAACACAUGUAAGGAAGAUUCGUUUUUAAGGCACAAACAGAUAGUGGUUAAAAACAUUCCGUAAAUGUAUAUUGAGAAAAAAAGGACAAAGUAUGGGGCUUUUUUAAAAAUAAUAACAAGACAUUUUGAAGUACACAGUCCAGUGGGGCAAAAAAAAAAUAAUCUAAAUAUAUAUAACGUAGUUGCAGGUAUUUUAAAGUGGUUAUCACAAUAGGCUACAGGAAAUGUUUUCUGGUCACACUAAGUAAAGCAUGCAAGACAGCUUUUUCAAUGUCACACCACAGAAGAAUAAAUGUGAAUUUAUUGUAAAGCAGGAGAGAGAAAAUAAGAACACCAGCGACCAUUGACUCUGCAAAGCCAGAAAGGCAAGGGUCAGUUCAAGUCAUAAAUCCUUAAUCUGCAAUUCUAAAAGGAUGAGAAAGAUUCAGACAUAUUAACAAUGGUUACAAGGAGCUAUUGCAUUGUGCAGUGCAAGCAUUAGGUAUCAUUGUUCAUGCCCCGUCAGUGAUUUUUAGUUGUUUCUGACUCUACCAUGUUUUGCAGAAUUACAUUGCAACAGCUGAAAUAACAUGACGUAGCAAUAACAUGGUUAAGAAAAGCAGCUAUUAAUCACAGUGUACCGUCCUUAAUUCAAUGUAGUCAGCCUAGAAUAUUUUUUUGUUAUUUUUUAUGCUGAUAUUUCCUAUUUUGAGUCCAUUACGAUUCAGCCACAUAUGUGAAAAACUCAAAUUGUGUCAAUUACUCAAAAAUAAUGAUAACACUCUAAUAUGUACUCCUUAUACUGUUAAGAGAAAUGAAAUGUGUUUUUCUUUUUCCUUUAAAAAUGCUAGUCAUUUCUGAAAUAUAAAUGUACCCCAUUUUAUACAAAUGAUUACUAAAGAUGGCUACCUAAAAAAGAUUGAUACUAGAAGAUGCUGAAAGUUGGCUGCAGUUGCUGGUAUAGCACAGCCAAAUAACGUUGUUUUAUUUUUUGUGAAGGGGAGGAUGGGUGGUAAACUACACCAGUAUUUAAGUGUUGCAGAAUAGUAUGUGUUACAGUGAUGUGGAACACUCUAGAUUUACAUCGACAUGCUAAAUUAGAUACCAAAGGGUUUGUUUCAACGUUUGUCUCUGUAAUGGGUUUGUUUGACUACUGAUUGCCUACAUUUGUAUAUGAGCAGAAGGGCAGAUAGGCCUCAAUACAAAAUAAAAACUAAAACUAAAAAAAGAAAAAAGAAAGAAAUCUGUGUAUAAUACUUUGUCUGACAAUGGUGCUAAACUUAUAACCAAGUGGAUUACUAAGUUACAUUUUUUUUAAUUAAAAGUGGAUUCAUUAA